UUUCCCUUUCCCUCCCAAUUUUCCUUCUCCCCCAUCUGAGAAAAUAAAACCACACAACACAACACAACCCAACAACUUCAAUUCUUCAUUUUCCUCCUCCGCCAUGCCCGUCGAUCCCGCCGCCGCCGCCGCCACCACCACCACCGCAUCAAGACCUAUAUCUCCACUCCCUCACCCACACCCACACGCUCACCACCACCACCACUACCAAUCACCACCACAGCAACAACAAACCCUUCCAAUUCGCGCCCCAAACCCUCAAUUCCCCAAACCUCACGAUCCAUCAUCUCACCACUAUCUCUACCCUUUCGCCUCUUCCGCCCGCGGCGGCGGCCCCUUCGUUGCCAAAGGGUUUGGACCCCUCCCCGCCGAUCCUACUGUCUCCGGUUACCCUCCGCCGCCGCCACCUUCUCUUAUGUACUCUCAUGGCGUUCGCGGCAUGCACUUGGAUUAUCUCACUCACGCCUUACACAUGAACAGGCCUCCUCACUUGCCUUACCCCCAUACGGGUCACGCUCCUCCUGCUUCUACUGCCUCGCCUCCGGUUAAAGGUCACACCAAGGCUACUGCUAGAUCUGCGGCUUCGGAUGUCAAUGGCCACAAAGAUACCAGUACAAGGGAACGAAGCAGAGAUGAAACUUUUGUCGUAAUCAGAGACCGUAAAGUCAGAUUAACAGAGAAUGCUUCGCUGUAUGCACUUUGUAGAUCAUGGUUGAGAAAUGGUAUAAUUGAAGAAAGCCAGCCACAGCAGAAAGAAGUAAUGAAGGCACUUCCCAAACCAUUGCCUGCAUCCAUGGUGGCUAGUCAUAUGUCAAACAAGAAUGAACAUGAAAAAGAUGAUGAGCAGGAAGAGAGCGAGGAGAUUCGUAUCCUCCAGGAGACUGGUAUGCUCUCAUCAGCAGAAGAAGUAACGAAGAGACAUAUGAAACUUGAGCAGUCUGUUAUGCACUUAUCAGUAAAAGAUCUAUUUAAGAGACAUAUUAAACGUGCCAAAGGAGUUAGAGCACGCUUAAGGGAAGAACGAUUGCAGCGCAUCAAAAGGUACAGGAGUAGGCUCAGGCUUUUGCUUCCCCCACCUGUUGAACAGUUUAGAAAUGACACAGCUGCUGGGUACUGACCUUGCUGACUCUACAGACAUGGCAUCAGGGUUAUUGGAUGACACUAACAGGCAUGUAUUGUUUGUGUUUCCUUGAAAAGAAAGGUGCCUUCCCCGUGAUAGCCAAUGUAAAAAUAUAACUGGAAAUGGAUGUGAAUGUUCAGCUUCUCUAUAUAAAUUCUACAGUAGCGUACAUCUGACCUAUAAAUUGGCAAUGGUUUGAAUGAGUACAAUAAAUUAGAAAUACCUGUAAGCCAACCAACACCACCACCAACAACAACUGUAUGCCUACCAAUUGUUGUGUAUUUUUUUAUGGCUGAUGAGAUUACCAACUCAUGAGGUAUGAAAGGGUUGUGUUUGGAUUAGUUUGAUUCAAACUGUAAACUAAUUAUGUUUUAAUAUCUUUCAGUUUUAUAACUUUAAUUUCGUUA